AGGGGGGUAGGUAGGGGUAGGAGGAGGGGGGUAGGUAAGGGUAUGGGGAGGGGGGUAGGUAAGGGUAGGGAUGAGCGUAAAUAACUUGUUUUUUUUUUUUUUUUUUUUUGAAUGGGGAAAGAACGUGUUUUUAAAGUAAAGAAAACGCAACAUAAUUUGGUAUUUGGUAGUAAAGAUCAUAAAAUAGACGUUAUAAGAAAUGGCGGGAAACAUUUUGCGUUGUACCCCGUGCUACAACCACCUUAUUCAGUUGCGGUUUCAUUUCACAUCCCUCUUUCUCUAAUUCUCUCUCAUACUAUCAAUCAUUCAAUUGGUAGCAGAGAGUGCACUAAUUAAAUUUCUAGAAAUCUGAAUCGUCUCAAUUUCGAAACAAACCCUAGUUUUCGAGAAUCCCACUCAAAAAAAUUAUCAAAAUGGCUCGUGAAAUCCCUAGUAUUAAAUACCCAGAAGUUAAAUCAUUGUUCUUAUUGAAUUCUGUUGUUGUCCUUCUCUACAAUUAUAAUUUCGCUGCAUUGGGUUCUCUCGAUUUCCUGAAAAUUACGGUCGAUUUUUGUUCUAGGGAAGAGAGAGAAUUAUGGAUAAGGAAAACAGUGGAGAUGAUGAUGGUGAUUCAACAUUCAGUGAUCAAGUUUUAUCAGCUAUAAAAUUUAACCGGAUUUUGAGCACACCUAGUGUUAAGAGUAGAAAUUCGAAGCAAAAACAUAAUCUUCUGGGAAAAUUUGGUCCAUAUUCAUUCAUAAAUAUUUCGGAGGGACGAGAAGAAGUUGAUGAUGCCGGAAAUAGCAGAAGAAAUAUGGUUGAAGUUGCUGUCUUGAUUAAUGUUGUGAAGCGUCUGCAUAAAGAAUGGCAGUGUUACGGGCAAAAGCUUUCUGUGUAUGUGUUAUCUCCAUAUGUAGGACAAGUGAAGGAAAUUGAGAGAAGACUGGGGAAGAUAUAUGAAGAAUUGGAUAGCUUUGAGUUGAAGGUGGAAGCGGUUGAAGGAUUUCGAGGUGGUGAAGCAGAUGUUGUUAUAAUAUCUACUGUAAGAUCCAAUCCUGUUGGAUCUGUAGGGUUUAUGUCUGAUCGUCAAAGGAGUAAUCUUGCUUCUACUACGGUGAGGCAAUGCUUCUGGAUAUUGGGGGAUGGGAAAACCCUUACUGAAGUGGAUUCCCUCUGGAAAGAAAUAAUUUCUGAUGCCAAGGAGCGCAAGUGUUUUUAUAAUGCUGAAGAAGAUGAGGAAAUUGCUCAAGUCGUCAUAAAUGUUAAAAGUAAGCUGGAUGAACUUGAAGAGUUGCUUGACAAGGAGAGUUUUAUUUUCAAAUCUGCAAGGUGGAAGGUUGUCUUCAGUGAGAUUUUUGUCAAAUCUUUUUCAAAAUUACCCUCAACCUACUCUAAGAAGCUAGUGGUGAAAUUCCUUCUGAAAUUAGCUAAUGGCUGGCGGCCUAAAAACAAGAAAACUGAUGUAGUCUGUGAUAACUCUGUCAGAAUUGCUAAGCAAUUCAAGGUUGAGGGUCGAUAUAUAAUUUGCACAAAUGAUAUUUCAAAGGUACGAGGAUAUGCCACUCAGAUUUUGAAGGUCUGGGAUAUUUUGCAUUUGGAAGGUGUACAGGAACUAGUCUAUAAACUUGACAAAAUAUAUGGUGCAUUCAGUGAUGAUUUCUUGAUAUGUUGCAGAGAAAAAUGUCUCGAGGGGUGUUUGGAAGUCCCAAGAUGCUGCUUGUCGUUUAAUGUUGCUCAGCACAAAGGUAUUAACAAUACUGGACCGACAAGUUCUCUGGAUCCUGAUAAAGAUGGAAGAAGCUAUACUGAGACUGCGAAAGUUAAGGAGAGUUUGCUGCUAACAAAGUUCUAUUGUUUAUCUGCGGGUGUCUUGAGUCACUUGCUCUCUGCAUCGGAUGGGACGAUGUUGAAUGUCCCGUUUGAAGUUUCGGAUCAAGAGAAGGAGGUGAUUUUGAACCAAAGAAGCACCUUUAUUUUAGGAAGAUCUGGCACAGGUAAAACAACUGUGUUGGUGAUGAAACUAUUUCAGAAAGAACAACAACAUGAUAUGGCUUCAGAAGGACUUGAUGUGAUUGAGGGUUUAGUCUGUGGCUCUUCCUGCAAUGAUCCUGAUAAAAGUGGGGCUUCUCUCUGCCAACUUUUUGUGACAGUCAAUCCAAAACUUUGCUUUGCAGUCAAACAUCAUAUCUAUAAUCUUCGAAGAUCCGUGAUUCUUUUCAUUUUCUUUCUCCCCUUUUUUAGGCUUUAUUUCCUCUUUAUAUUGGUGUACAUUUCAUGCAAAAUGUUCUUAACUUGCUGUUGCGUCUCAUGUAAAAUGGGCCGAACUUGCUUUAGAUUUUCAGUGUAUACCUAAAUU